AUGAAAGAAAAAGUUCGGAACUUAAUUUUUGGGUGCAUCUCAGUUUUGGGAGGUGUUUUAAUCCAUUUCGCCUUUGGUUUCUUCUAUAGUACUGCUAACAUUGUACCCUAUAUUAUUAGUUACAUCGUAGUACGGGUUGACCCGGAGUUGCCAAACACAUCAUCAGUUUGGAUAUCUGGUAUUGCUUUGGCUAUGCAGGGCGUUUCUAUGCCAUUUGGGGGAUUGGUUGCCAGGAAGUGGGGCUUUCGUAUUGUUGUUGCUGUCAGUUGUUUACUUGAUAGCAUUAGUAUUUUUCUGACUUACGUCACUGUACAGAGGUCCUUUCCUGGAGUCAUCAUUACGUAUUCUGUGCUGCAAGGGUUGGGUCUGGGUUUUGGCUAUUCCGUAGUAUUGUCUGUGGCCGCAACGUGGUUUCCAAAACGACGUGGUCUCAUAGUUGGUGUGAUUGUUGGUGGCUUUGGCUUAGGAGCCCUGGUGUUCACUCCGAUCGAAACUGCUUUAAUCAAUCCAAGCAAUAUCCCUGUUGACCCAAAAACAAGACAUUUUACGCAUCCUGAUAUCCUUGAUCGGGUUCCAGUUGCGUUUUUGAUUCUUGGUGGUAUUCUUCUUGCAUUACAAAUAAUUGGAUUUAUAUUACUGCGUCCGAAACCACUUGAAAGUACACAAGAUCGAGACACAGAACUGGUUGUGCGGAAUAGAAUAAAUUCUGAUCCUAAUCCAGUUAUUGGACGUUUGCGUUCAACCCAAACAAUUGUUUCAUUAUAUAGACUUUUAUCUUUUAUGCUGUUUGGUGCUCAGUAUAUUGAUGAUGACCAAUUCUUAUCCAUUGUGGCUACAUUUUCAUCUCUUUUCAAUGCCGGUGGUCGUGUUAUUUGGGGUGCCAUUGUUGAUCGAUUAUCCUUUAAGAUACCAAUGAUGAUCAUGCUUGUAAUUUGGGCAAUAGUGCUAUUAUCAUUCCCACAUAUUGGAUCACUGUCAAGUGUUGGAUUAAAAGCUAUGUAUGCUAUUUGGGUUUUCAUUUUGUUUUUUUCGCUGAGUGGUGUUUUCGUUAUUCAACCUGCGGCUACUGGGAUUCUGUUUGGCCCUUUAAAUAUGGCGGUGAAUUAUGGAAUAAUUUUCACUGGAUUUCUCUAAUCGCCAGCGUUUGGAUAGAAGACCGAAAAAUGUCAAAGCGUUGUAAAAUCUGCAAUUGUUGCACUACUAUGUGUAAAUCUCUACGAGUUGGAUAUCAUGGUAUUGAAGGUACAGAGGCAAUAUUAGAUGAUACAAGUUGAAAAAGAACAACAAAUAAAAACAGUAAUGGAGCAAUUUACAAUUUAUACAUUUAUUUAUAAGCAGAUUAGUUCUCUUUAUUAAAAAAGGUACAUUUGCCACAAUUUUCAAUAAAUUAAGUAGAACAUUUUGAUUUUUAGUAAAUAAGCUAUUAAGAUUUGUUGUUGCUUUGUUUUUGUAUAAACAAGGUGGAUGUUUUUCCAUUUAGAAAUGUUCCUAUCAACUUUCCCAACCAAAACAUUUUUAUAUGCAAUUGUUCUGGUUUUUAUAAUUUAUAUAUGUGAAUGUGAU